AUUGGAUUAAAAUCUUUAGCAAACUUUCUGCAACUGUAAAUUUUCUUUCGCCGGAAAGUUCUAGAAUCUGUAGUUUUUCUCGGAAAGUAAAGGGGUACGGACUUCGAACCGACUUUCAGUAACGUGGGCUAGACUCAGCAAGGAGGCCACUUUCUCUGCUUCUUUUCACCUUGAAUUUAAAAUAUCGUUUGCUGCACCAAUUUUCCAAGAACUUCUCUUUCUUUAUUUUUUUUACCCGAGAACAGUUUAUGAGAGCAUUGUUUGCUUGUUGGCGGUGUUUGUUGGAGGAAAACGUUGUGAAGCUGACCUUUUGAUUUCAAUGCCUUUUUUAUUCUCUUCUUCUCUUCGUCUCUAAAAGUGUUAUCUUUUUUAUAUUGAAGCAUUUUGGGGGCGGUGCGAUCUUACAGUUCAUAUCUUGUCAUCACUACGCGUUGCCUCUCCGUGUUGAUUUUCUUGAAAGUAUAUAAAGUUCUUGAAUCUUCUUCUUCGUUUUGCUCUUGUUGCUUUGUGUCGCAGUCAGAUCUGAGUUUGUGUUUGGUCUAUACGCACAUUUGGACAUUCUCGCGGAUCAGCAGGUGGGAAAUCUUGAGGCUGAUCAUAUUUGAGUUUUUAUAGUUUAGUAUGCUCUUGAGUCAAAGAUCACUAGCUUGAAGGCCUUGGGCGAAGACUUUGUUGUAUGAAAUAUAUGGCGUCAGGCGAAGGGAGGCGCCAUCGCCACAAUCUAGUGCCUCUUGCUGCAUUGAUCAGCAGAGAGAUGAAGAGUGAGAAGAUGGAGAAGCCCACUGUGAGAUAUGGGCAUGCGGCUCAGUCGAAGAAAGGGGAGGAUUACUUCCUGACUAAGACUGAUUGCCAGAGAGUCCCCGGAAAUUCUUCAUCAACAUUCUCUGUAUUUGCGAUCUUUGAUGGGCACAACGGAAAUGCUGCUGCCAUUUUUGCAAGGGAACAUCUAUUGAAUCAUGUGUUGGGUGCUAUGCCCCGAGGACUUGGUCGGGAGGAGUGGCUCCAAGCUUUACCUCGUGCAUUGGUUGCUGGCUUUGUGAAGACUGACAAGGAAUUCCAGAGCAGAGGAGAAACAUCUGGAACCACGGCUACAUUUGUAAUAGUUGAUGGAUGGACUGUGACUGUUGCAUCUGUUGGAGACUCACGAUGUAUUUUAGAUACUCAGGGUGGCACUGUUGCUACCUUAACUGUGGAUCAUAGACUUGAGGAGAAUGUAGAAGAGAGGGAACGUGUUACAGCGAGUGGAGGUGAAGUGGGGAGGCUUAGUAUUGUUGGGGGUGCCGAGAUUGGUCCCCUCCGUUGUUGGCCAGGUGGUUUAUGCCUUUCUAGGUCAAUUGGAGACAUGGAUGUUGGGGAAUAUAUAGUACCGAUACCAUACGUGAAACAAGUGAAGCUCUCAAAUGCAGGCGGGAGGCUUAUAAUUGCAUCUGAUGGCAUCUGGGAUGCCCUAUCUUCGGAAAUGGCUGCAAAAAAUUGUCGCGGGUUGCCUGCCGAACUUGCUGCUAGGCAAGUUGUGAAGGAAGCCUUGAGAACAAGGGGCUUAAAGGAUGAUACAACUUGCAUAGUUGUUGACAUAAUUCCUCCUGAUAAUUCGGUACAGCCAUCAAGUCCUCCUAAAAAGCAGAACAAGCUGAGAGCUCUAUUUUUCAGGAAGAGUUCACGUAGUUCUGUUAAUAAACUGUCAAAGAAGCUAUCAGCUGUUGGUAUAGUGGAAGAAUUGUUCGAGGAAGGCUCAGCAAUGCUUGCUGAAAGACUGGGAAAUGAUGAGUCCACAGGCCAAUCAACAUCUGGCCUUUUCGUCUGUGCUGUAUGUCAAGUUGACCUUGCUCCGAGUGAGGGCAUCUCUGUGCAUGCCGGUGCCAUCUUCUCCACCAGCACAAAACCUUGGCAAGGCCCUUUCCUUUGUGCAGAUUGUCGUAAUAAGAAGGAUGCAAUGGAAGGAAAACGCCCUAGUGGUGUUAAAGUGGUGUAGCUCAUACAUUGUUUUACUCUAUUCUUUACCUUUUAGUUCAUUUUUUUUUUAAUUCUCAAAUUUCGUAGGCCAGCAAUUGUUUGAAUCUUGCUAUGAUAUUGAUCAAAUGUAUAUGUCAGAUCUGGGAAUAGUAAGAUAGUUUUAGCAUUCAAGUAAUAGAAUGUUUAAGGAGCAA